CCCAUAUCAGUAACACCCAGUGAGGCAGCCAUGAACGCCCUUGCAGCCACUAACCGCAACUUUCGCCAUGCAGCUCGCAUUCUUGGCUUGGAUCCCAAGCUUGAAAAGAGCCUUCUCAUACCCUUCAGAGAAAUCAAAGUUGAAUGUACGAUUCCAAAGGAUGAUGGGACUCUGGCUUCCUAUGUUGGAUUUAGAGUGCAACAUGACAAUGCUCGUGGCCCAAUGAAAGGCGGAAUCCGUUACCAUCCUGAGGUUGACCCAGAUGAAGUGAAUGCUCUGGCUCAACUAAUGACAUGGAAGACAGCUGUAGCAGACAUUCCAUAUGGUGGAGCAAAGGGUGGGAUUGGAUGUGACCCGAGGGACUUGAGUAUUAGUGAAUUAGAACGUUUGACUCGUGUGUUCACUCAGAAGAUCCAUGAUCUUAUUGGAAUUCACAGGGAUGUUCCUGCCCCUGACAUGGGAACUAAUGCACAGACAAUGGCAUGGAUUCUUGAUGAGUACUCAAAGUUUCAUGGGCAUUCACCCGCAGUUGUGACAGGAAAACCUAUUGAUCUUGGAGGUUCACUAGGAAGGGAGGCUGCAACAGGACUUGGGGUGGUUUUUGCAACAGAGGCUUUACUCACUGAAAAUGGGAAAUCAAUCUCUGAUAUGAAGUUUGCUCUACAGGGUUUUGGAAAUGUGGGCUCAUGGGCAGCAAAGUUUAUUCAUGAGAGAGGAGGCAAGGUAGUUGCUGUUAGUGACAUCACAGGUGCACUUAAAAACCCAAAUGGAAUUGAUAUCCCAGCUCUGCUGAAAUACAAAGAUGACAAUGGAACUUUAAAGGAUUUUAAGGGAGGAGAUUCUAUGGACCCAAAUGACUUGCUUGUAUGCGAAUGUGAUGUCCUAAUCCCGUGUGCCUUAGGUGGAGUUCUCAACAAGGAAAAUGCUGCUGAUGUUAAGGCAAAAUUCAUAAUAGAAGGUGCAAAUCAUCCCACUGACCCUGAGGCAGAUGAGAUCUUAUCUAGGAAAGGAGUUCUUAUCCUCCCUGACAUAUAUGCAAAUUCUGGCGGUGUGACUGUGAGCUACUUUGAGUGGGUACAGAAUAUUCAAGGAUUCAUGUGGGAUGAAGAGAAGGUGAACUUUGAGCUUAGCAGGUACAUGAGAAGGGCUUUCCAUGAAAUCAAGGCAAUGUGUAAAAUUCAUGACUGCAACCUGAGAAUGGGGGCAUUCACUUUGGGGGUGAACCGGGUUGCACGUGCUACCCUCUUGAGGGGCUGGGAAGCCUGAGGCAAGCUCUUAUUUUCCUUACUUUGCCCAUCAGAUGCAUCCAGAGGUUAUCAUCCAAGAAGUGAAAACAGAAGUUACAAGCCUUGCUAUUUUUUCUUUUCUUUUCUUUUUUCCUGUUUUCUUUGAAUCUCACUGUUUCAGUAAUGGAAUUUGGCUGUGAAAUGAGUGUCGUUUUUGAGGAGUGGUAUUUCUAGGUGGGGCACAUGAGGAAAAAAUUGAAGAUGAAUUAAUAGCUGUUUAAAGAAAUGAAGAAUUAACUUGAAGAUUGUUUCUUUGCCUACAA